AUGGGAGAAUCUCAAAUAUGGGAGAAGCGCAAAUAUGGGAGAAGCCCAAAUAUGGGAGAAGCGCAAACAUGGGAGAAGCGCAAAUAUGGGAGAAUCGCAAAUAUGGGAGAAGCGCAAAUAUGGGAGAAGCGCAAAUAUAGGAGAAGAGCAAAUAUGGGAGAAGCGCAAAUUUGGGAGAAGCGCAAAUUUGGGAGAAGCGCAAAUUUGGGAGAAGUGCGAAUAUGGGAGAAGUGCAAAUAUGGGAGAAGCGCAAAUGUGGAAGAAGCGCAAAUGUGGGAGAAGCGCAAAUGUGGGAGAGGCGCUAAUGUGGGAGAAGUGCAAAUGUGGGAAAAACGCAAAUGUGGGAAAAACGCAACUGUGGGAAAAACGCAAAUGUGGGAAAAACGCAAAUGUGGGAAAAACGCAAAUGUGGGAAAAACGCAAAUGUGGGAAAAAUGCAAAUGUGGGAAAAACGCUAAUGUGGGAAAAAUGCAAAUGUGGGAAAAACGCAAAUUUGGGAAAAAUGCAAAUAUGGGAAAAACGCAAACAUCGAAGAAUGCAAAUAAUGGAAAAACGGAUAUAUGGGAUAAAUGCAAAUAUGGGAGAAACGCAAAUAUGGGGAAAAUGCAAAUAUUGGAAAAUCGCAAAUAUGGGAAAAUCGCAAAUAUUGGAAAAACGCAAAUAUCGAAAAACGCAAAUAUGGGAAAAACGCAAAUAUGGGAAAAAAGCAAAUGUGGGAAAAACUCAAAUAUGGGAGAAACGCAAAUAUGGGAAAAACACAAAAAUCGGAAAAUCAGAAAUUAG